AUGGCGAUAAUAGAGAGAUCAAUGCUGGGUAUUUUUGUUGGGUUGUCAAUGAUCAGUUUUUUGGCUGGAGCUGAAAAAGGAGGAUAUGUGCCAGCCAUGUUUGUGUUCGGAGAUUCGCUAGGAGAUGCAGGGAACAAUAAUUACAUCCCUAACUCUAAAGCGCGUGCAAACUUUACACCUUAUGGCGUGUCCUUUUUCCACUACCCAACUGGUCGUUUUACUAAUGGGCGCACUGCUUUCGACUUCCUCGCUACUUACUUGAGGCUACCCUUUGCCCCUCCAUAUCUGAAACCAAAGGCAAAUUUUAAGAAAGGGAUCAAUUUCGCCUCAGGGGGUAGUGGAUUGCUCGACUCAACAGGGGCCGGAGGGAAUAUCAUCACUAUGAGUCGCCAAAUAUUUCAAUUCCAACACACCUCUUAUAUUCUGAGGAAGACACACCCAUCUGGAGCUAAGAAAGCGAAAUCCUACAUAAGCAAGUCUUUAUAUUGCAUUACAAUUGGAGGCAACGAUAUUGCGGACUAUAUUGCCAACAGCACACUCCAAAACACUACUACUCCCCAACAGUUUGUUACAUUGCUGCUCUCCAAAUUUGAUCAGUACAUGGCUGGACUUUACCGUGCUGGUGCAAGGAAAUUCCUAGUAGUGGAUGUUCCAGUUUUGGGAUGUACUCCUUUUACCAGACUGUCUGGGUACUCCAUAGCCAAAGGUGAAUGUUUGGAGAGCGUAAACCAGCUAGUUGUAGCAUAUAACACUGCAUUGAAGACACUUAUGGCUCAACUAAGGGAAAAACUAGACGGAGUAACCAUCAUCCAGCUAAAAACUUAUGAUUAUUUUAUGAACAUAAUUCAAAACGCUGAAGCCUAUGGAUUUAAGAAUACAAAUACAGCAUGCUGUGGAUCAGGAUUAUUUAAUGCAGACGUGAACUGUGGAAAGACGACUCCACAGAAUUUGUUUUGCAAUGAUACGAAUGCAUACAUGUUCUGGGAUAAAACUCAUCCCACUGAAAAAGUGCAUGCCAUGUUUUCACACCAGAUUUGGAGCGGGAAUUCUUCUUUUAUCCAGCCAAUUAAUCUCUCUACACUAGUCUUGAAAACUAAUGCUUCCGGUUACUAA